AAUGCAGAAGAAUGAACAAGCACAUAUACACACACGAGGGAACAUCUCCGUCGAAUUUCCAGCAUUCAAGGAAUGACGCCCGAGAAUAGAAUAGCCUACGCAAAAACUAUUUUAUAAAUCCAGAGAUUCUCGUACAUUAUGAUUUUCAUAGAAGUAAAAGUUUUCUAUAAAUUUUAACCUAAAUGCUGGGAGGAAGAUAGUAUCACUGUCAUGCUUUUUUGAGAACGAGAGUCAAUUGCAGAUCCACAUGGUAGAAACCGUAGAAACAUUACAAAUCAUUUUAGAAUCAUCGUUUCCAAUUUCGUGCAGAAGCUGCUCUGCAAUCAAUUGCAUGUUUUUCUAGCUAGUGAAAAUGUGUCGUUAUGUGCUCAGAAAAAGGGCAGAAUCUUGUGUCGAAUUUGGAUACUUCGGUUCAUGAAAGAUUCAUUCUCUUCUCUAGCCAAGAAGUCUUACUGUACGCCUCAAACUAUUUGGAAGAAAACCGAUUUUAUUUCGAUUUUCCUGUCUUACUGUCACAACAAAACAGAGACCGAUAAAGUUCCAAGAAGGAGUAACCAUGGAAGGCGAGACGUGAUCGGUGGGUCUUUCGAAAGACCAACGAGGUCAAGACAAAUACACCUGGAUUUGAGGGAAGAACUUUUGGAAUUGCACACCCUUACAAGCAACGUUAUUUUUUCUUGCAAUGCUGAAACUAACUUUUCUUGUCUUUGCAGCAGUUGUGUUUUUCAAACCAGAUGUUAAUGGAGAUGUAUGGCAAAAUGAAAGAAGGAGUCUACAUGGUCUUCAACUCAGAGCUUCUACCUUUAAUUAUCCCCCGUGUUUGUCUCGCAUGAAACUGCCAUCGGGAAACUACUCAUACUUUGGGAUUUGCCACGAUAUCCUGACAUGGAUGGUUUCAUAUUACAAUAUGAAGUUGGUUUACGUGCCUGCAAACGCGACACGAAUUGCCAAACUAGGAAUAGUUCCUGUGCUGAUCGAGCAACUGCUUAACAUGGAAGUCGACUUUGUACCAUAUGGUUUCGCCCCUACGCCAGAACUUUGGCAACAAGCGGAUUUUUCCAUUCCUGUGGCAAUACAGUAUUACAGUAUGUUACAGCGCUGGCCUAAAGAAGAAAGUCGUCUAACCACACUCGUCAGACCCUUUUCUUUAACGGUUUGGAUAGUAUUCCUUUUUUCAUCCAUUGUACUGAUAGUUUUCAUGGCUCUAUUGACUCAUUUUGACCGGAAUUUAAGUAGAGAAUGCAACUUAACUAGCUUCAUGGACGCGAUCAGCCGUCAUGUAAACUACGUCAUCACAGUAAUAACUGGGCAAGGAAACAACAUAUCACCAAAAGAAAAAUUCUCCCUUCGCUUCGUGGCAGGCCUGUGGUGUUUGACGAUGAUGGUUUUAGUCAAUGCUUAUUCAAGUAUAUUGACCUCCUACUUAGCGGUGCACAAACUGACACCGAUUGUGAACACAGUACAGGAAUUGGCAGCCAGAAGCAGUGAAACAGAAGUAACUGUGCAUUACGGAACGGAGCAAACGCGAAUGUUUUUGAGGGCUACGUCUGGAGCACAUCUAGUCUUGGGCAAUUCGCUUCGUAAUAACCCAAAGCUCCUCGUCGAAGGAGGCAAAAUAUUCGAUGGACUUAAAAAUGUUUUAGAACUGGGAGCUACUUUCAUUACGAGUCGCGUUGUCGUAGAUUAUUUAUUGGCGAUGGAUAUGAAAAGUCACCCCAACUGUCGUCUGACCUCCUCGGCUACGAUUCCGUACAUGGAUUACUCCUCGGCAGGUUUACCCAAAGGCGGCCGACACAAUGCGAUGAUCAAUUACGAUUUUCAGUAUUUAUGGGAGAACGGUCUGCUUCCGUAUUGGUUAAAGAAGUACACACCGAACGUUGACAAGUGUAUGGUAGGAACAAUCAAACCCCACGGACGGAUGACUCCUUUCACUGGAUGAUCUGUCUAGCGCUUUCGCCCUCUUCGGAAUCGAAUUUCUUUGUCCUUCUUGACAUUUGUGCUAGAAAUGAUAACGUUACAUAAAUUAAAGUGGCGAAAAUCACACAAUGUCAUUGCCCAUUAAAGGAAAUGCGACGAAAGCGAUGAGAAUAAUCUCAGCCACAGGAGUUGCUUCUGGCUUUUACACGUUUAGCGAUCACACAAUUAACUGAGUCGCAUCUAACAAGAUGCUAGUGUAAAUGUUUAAUACUCGGAUAACUUAGCCAGUAUUUUUAGAUUCAAUUGAAAUGCCUGUUCAGUGAAUUUACUGACAA